AAUCCUAUAGCAACGUUAUCAACUUCCUGCUUUUAGGGAAAGGAAAAAAAUAAACAUGAAUUAGCGUUUGUUGUUUUGUCGGAGACAGACAACAAUCAGUUUUAUAUAUUUGAUUUUACUAAAUUAUUUGAAAAAUGCCGAUGUUGAAAGAACCAAAACUUAAAGAACCAUUGUGGAAGGAAAACGAUUACAAGGCACAAAAGAAAGGCAUACGCCACACGGUUUAUUCUGUAAACGGGGAUCAGUACACUGGAGAAUGGCUAAAUAACCUAAAAGACGGAAAGGGAACCUACAAAUGGAAAGAGUCUGGUGCGUUAUAUGACGGUGAUUGGAAGAGAGGAAAAAGAAAUGGUUUUGGUACAUACAGUAGGCCUGAUCCAAAGAAGAAAGGAGCCUAUACGAAGGAAUACUCUGGAGGCUGGAAGAAUGAUAUGAGACAUGGUUAUGGGACUAAUUUCUACACUGAUGAAGAGUAUUAUGAAGGGGAGUGGUACGGAGACAACAGAAGUGGCUGGGGACGUAUGUACUACAAGGAUGGAACAAUAUACGAGGGAGAGUGGUACGAUGACAAGCGUAAUGGACAGGGAAUGUUGAGAUUACCAAAUGAAAACAGAUAUGAGGGUUCAUGGCGAGAUGACAAAAAGAAUGGGCCGGGUAAAUUUUACUACCUCACACAUGGUCAGUUGUAUGAGGGUGUCUGGGUAGAUGAUAUAGCCAAGUGUGGAACCAUGAAAGAUUUCGACAGGGACAGUGCUCCAGAACCAACACAGUACCCCAUACCAAAGGUAGAACUGGCGAGCACAGAGGCUGUAUUACAGGAAUCAGAAGAACAGUUUUUACAUGAUCAAGAAUAGAUUGUUAAGUUAGUUUUUUAAAUUGUUAUUGCAAUUAUUUCAUUCAUUUUUCAUCUGAUAUCAAAUCGUCCAUGUUUUAUUUUUUGUAUUGAAAUCACAAUUAUGAAUAAAUUAUUUUUACCAACUUUCAGUGCACAUGUACGUUGUUUUAUACUAGAGAUUGCAUGUUUUUAUCUACUUUUGAACUUUUUAGACCAAAACAUGCAUGUAUAUAAUUACUCUAGCAUAAAUUGACAAGAAUUUACUCACAUUUCAUUUUUUUCAUUCAGUAAUUUAAAGGUUAACAGUGGAAUGUCAUUGUUUUCAAUCCACUUUUCAUAAAUUUUCACCAAGGUGUAAUUUAGAAGUAAACAUUAAACAGCAUUACUGCACUAAAAAACUUUUCCAAGACAAGAUUUCCUGAAGAAAUAUCGAUCAUUCUUGCUGACAUUUAAUCAAGUAUUACAUAAUGUGCAUUAUUCUACUGCCAAAAUUAUCUUUUCCUUUUUUCAUAAAAGUUACUUCCCUUGAUCAGUACCAGAUGACCUUAGUGUGCAUGAUGCUUGUGUAUUCAGUUGACACUGUAGUGUGCCUUUACAAUAUACAUGUAAUUGUGAGGAUGUCAGUGUCUAGAUUUAUAUAAAUCUGUGAUUCAUUUUUUCAUCUCUUUUCCUGUGAAUGUAAUAAUGUUGAUAUUUUAUUAAAACACAUACAAUAAUGAUCUGAGUAUUUUAAAGCAUUUGACAGUAUGCAUGACAGUAUGCAUGUUUCUGAUGUAUCAAAACUGAGUACAUAUACAUAGAUUCAAACUGAAGGAUUUGUACAUUUUGUUGGAACUGGUACCGAACUCCUGCAUUUACAUUUAAAGGUGGGCAUAAUUUUUUUAACGAUGUAAAUUUUGUCCAUAUCAGAUUUCUAUUAAACCAAAGUGAGAGGGAUACAAAUUUGUGGAUCUAGGUUUUUUUCAGAAUACAGUAAAUUUGACUUUAUAUUAUGGUGUUUGGCAUUUAAUUUUAUUGACUGACACAACUUUGAAAUUCAGGAAAGAAAUUGUCAGUCUUUGCUACAAGGAUUUCAUGUCAGUAUGCUUAAAUGCAUCCUCAAAUAGUUCAUUAGUGAUUGCUCAUUUUGAAAAUGUGUGAACUUUAAACCCAUUUUCGUUAUAAUUCUCUGUAACAUAUAUUUCAGAGUAAUAGAAGUUUACAGUUUUAAUUUAUUUUAUAUGGAAUGCAAGUUUAGUUUUUAGACUGGCUUGUUGAAGUAGUUUGGGAGCGAAUAAUGAUAAUUUCUAUUGUGAUAUAUUGUUGAGUAUUUUGUUACCUGUAAAUGUGUAUCUGUGUACAAUAGUACACUGAGUUACAAAAUAAAAGGUUAACUGAUA